AUCUUGUUCUGAUGAAUUUGAGACUUUCAAACUUCUUGUAAAUAUCAGAAUAUGUUGGAUAAUGACAUGCAGGAAUAUGGGAACUCCAUGAUUCACAUGAAAAAUAGACACUUUUCAAAGGAUGAGUUAAAUUCAGAAAAGUACAGAGAGCCAUACAAAACCAAAUUAUCGUGCUCUGGAGAGAAAUGCUACUAUUUUUCUGACAGAGAUAAAAACUUUGAAAAGAGUCAUAAAUUCUGCGUCAGCCUGGGCUCCCAUCUUUUGAAGACAGAGGAUAAGGAUAAACAGAAAUUUAUUCAACCUUUAGUGUCCUUUUUUCACUGGAUUGGAUUAUCUCCAAAUGGGAUGUCAGCCCCUGGAGGUGGGAAGAUGGCUCCUGGAUGCAUUAUAAUUUCCAUGUACCAGGUUCUGUGUAGUGGAUGGAUAUAUAAUGGAAAGCAAGGUGGACAUAGUCCCUCCUCAUGCAUGCAGCUGAAUUUCCUUGCCACAUAUUGUAUCCGUUAUAUACUUUGUGAAGAAAUGACCAAUACUUUUGAGUUGUUUUUGAAUUGAUGUUUGGAAAUACACCGUCUGAAAUCAAGAUGGACUAUGACUUGGCUGUUUACAUACAUUUUCCUUUUUCUGGGAAGUAUAUGAGUACCUUCAGAUAGAAUGAGUCUCAUUUCUGUAACUUCUGUUUAAUCACUUUUAGGUUUCAAAAAUUUUCACAAUUAAUAUAAAAAUUAAUAGUUAAAAAUAAAAAUAAAAAGAAUAAAGAAGUACAUAGAACAAAAACUGACUCUACAUUCCCUUCUCCUAAUUUCUUUGCCUCUCCAGUGUACACUGUUAAUUUGGUUUGUAUCUUUCCAGACAUUUUUUUCUAGCAUUUGCUACAAAUAAUGCAUGAACCUUUGUUAUGUAUAUA